GAGCACAGGGCCAAGAUGGGCGUGUAUUACUUUUUGCUGAUCCUUGCGUCGAUCGCGCGCACGAGCCCGGUUCCUCGAAACGAGUCGAACAUCCUUCGGAUCGGGAAAUCACGGGACGCGGGGGGGGACGGGGGCUUGAACGGGACCGAUUACAAGGCAGGGGAGAGGCAGGGCCCGGUAAUUGGAUUCGGCAAAAACAAUCCGGAGCUCGAUUGGAGGAACUAUUUGAGGCUGAUGGACGGGGACGAGGGACGCGAUCUCGAUAUCGAUUUCAUGGGGGAGGAGAGGGUUGGAACGACGGCGAACAGUAUCCAAUGGCUGGCGGAUCUUUACGAUCCCCUCAAGUGGUCCAGGGUGCCUGGAAAACUCGGCAAGGAUUGCAGGAAAGAGUUGGAAUUCUUCCUCGAGUCGCUCCGUGAUGGAAAGCUGUGGGCCGCCAAGAUGUUCGACGCGAGUGGCCGUUACUCGUCGCAAUUCCAUUUUGGGAACGGGUUCUGGCUCGGCUCGAGCACCCUCUGCAAGGAGCUGAACGCCACCGAUAACAGAGUUGAUCGGGAGCUCGACGACACGCCGCCUUAUCCGUUGAAAUUUCACGUGGCUAGGAUGUACUUGACUCUGCCCAAGGAGCUCGAACUGUCUACACGACAAGUAUUUUUGGGUCUUUGUCUGCCGGCUACGUGCGACCAAGCAUCCCUGACCUCGAUGCUGAGAGCGAACGCGGAUCGCGUCGAGCGGGAAGGUAACCUAACUUAUCGAUCGUACGGGCCGAAGAUUCACAUCGUCGCAGUGAGACCAGUGCCUUCGAACAAUUACACCCUUUGGCGCGAUCCCAAGUUCUACGUCCUUUCAGGGAUCGGCGGUGCCAUGUUGCUUCUAAUGCUGUGUGCUGCCAUCUACGAGUACAGAACGAUGCCAAGCGACAAGGACGCGGAGUCGUUAAGCGUGUCGAACAACAACGAGAGGCUGAGCAAUUUCUCGAAUAAGAAUUUGAAUCAGGAUCAUCACGGGGUUGGUCCCCAAGAAAAUGGGGAGGAGUUGAUCGAGAAAGGGAAAAGCUUGCAAAAAGAUAUGCCGUCCGACCAUUCGAAAAAGAAGAGGAAGGGCUUCUGGGUAACGUGUCUCGCCGCGUUUAAUCCUGUCAGGAACGGGAGCAAGAUUAUUAGCACCGAGCCGGCCGCGAGGGAUAGCCUGACUUGUUUGCACGGUUUACGAGUGUUUUCAUUGGGAUGGGUGGUCAUGGUGCAUACCUAUCUUCAAGUUUUUUCCAUCGCUGAGAACAAAACGCUGCGCACAGUGACAGAGAGAAAUUUUAUGUUCCAAACAAUUAGCAAUGCAACCUUCUCCGUAGAUACAUUCUUCUUCAUUAGCGGAUUGCUGGUCACGAUUCUCUUCUAUCGAUCCUCGGGAAGCUUGAAAACCAGCGAGGACAAAUUUUGGAGGACCUGCUUCACCAAAUUUGUCAUCAUGAUCCUCUACAGAUUUAUCAGAUUGACACCGGCCUACCUCUUUGUCCUCGGGAUAAACGAGAUUGUGAUGAAGCACAGAGUGCCAAGGUCAGUAUUCACGCCGGCGGCCAUCGACCACUUCACGUGCGAGAAAUUCUGGUGGAGGAACGCCUUGUAUCUGAACUCGCUUUACCCUCGAAGCGAAAUGUGUAUGCUGUGGAGCUGGUACAUGGCCAACGAUACGCAGUUCUAUGUUCUUGGGAUACUUCUGUUGCUCCUCUCUGUCAGAUACUUGAAGACCGUGAUCGUGGUAGUUUUACUGCUCAUCGUGUCUUCGUGGUUCACCACCUUCUCCAUGGCUUAUUCCAACGAUUACAUCGCCAGAAUUCAAGAACCGUUCGCCCUUUUCGACGAGCUGUACGAUAAACCAUGGCUAAGAGCUGGCCCAUACUUCGUAGGGAUCAUCACCGGUUAUAUUCUGUUCAAGACGAAUUGCAAAUUGAAAUUGCCCCUGAUGGCGCGGUUGGUCGGCUGGGUAUUGUCCACGGCCAUAAUGUUCUCGGUGGUUUACGGCCUGUAUCCCGGAAAUUUAACCGUGCCAUUGAGUUCCGUGUACGCCGCCUUAGGGCACACCGCAUGGGCGAUCGGUGUAUCCUUCAUCGUGAUUCAAUGCUGCACCGGCUCCGCCACAAUGAUCGACAGCCUGUUGUCGCUCAGACUGAUAUAUCCGCUAUCGAGGCUGACUUACUGCGCCUACCUGGUGCAUCCUAUCAUCAUGUUGAUCACAGCCAGCCAGAUGGAUGGCCCGUUGCAUUUGCACAAUGACAUCGUGCUGAUUCUAUACUUUGGCAACCUGGUCGCCUCUUACUUGAUGUCGUUCUGCAUCUCAAUCGCGUUCGAGGCGCCAAUAGUGAAUCUGCUCAAAAUCGCUUUCACCUCGAAGAAGAGGAUAAGGUAGAGAGGCGCAAGA